GACUUAUUAUUUGUUGAUUUGAGUUUUUUGAAGAUAGAACUAAACAGAAGCAAUGAAGCUUUUAGUCGUUACAUUAUUUGCUGUUUUACUAACAGCCCAAGCUGCUCCCAAUACAUUUUCGCAGCUAGAUCCGUUCAAUGUUUUAUCACAGUUUGAAGCUCUUGGACAGGAAAAGGAUGAAGAGAUUUUAGUCACGAGAUCUGAUGAUCCUGUAGUUACUUUAUCCCACGGCGGUCAAUUACUUGGAAAGAAGAAGAAACUAGGAGUUUUAGGAAGUUACUAUUCCUUUAAAGGAAUUCCUUAUGCAGAGCCCCCUGUCGGAGAUUUACGUUUCAGAGCUCCUGUUACUCACAAAGGUUGGUCAGGAAUCCGCAAUGCUACGUCUCAUGGUAAUGAAUGCGUUCAAACUGGUUUGGUUUAUGGCACAAAUGGCGACGAGGAUUGCCUCUUCUUGAAUGUCUACUCACCAAACUUGAACCCUAAAGAAAAGAUGGCUGUCAUGUUUUGGAUUCACGGAGGUUCAUUCUCCAGCGGAUCAGCAAACACUUUAAUUUAUGGACCUGAAAACAUCAUUUAUGAAGAUGUGGUUCUCGUAUCGAUCAACUAUCGUCUUGGCUUCUUGGGAUUCUUUUCGACUGGCGACAAAUAUGCUCCCGGAAACUAUGGUUUGAAAGAUGCCAUUGAAGCUUUGAAAUGGGUUCAAAAGAACAUUGAAGCUUUCGGAGGAGAUCCUGAAAAAGUCACAAUUUUCGGUGAAUCAGCUGGAUCUGUUCUCACACAUUACUUGGUUUUGUCUCCGAUGUCAAAGGGAUUGUUCAAGAGCGCCAUUUCUCAAUCUGGAACUGCUCUUAGUCCAUGGGGAUUGCAAGAAGAGCCUCGUGAACGUGCUUUUGAAGUUGCUGCUAAGAUGGGGAUCUCAGCGAAAUCAACUGAAGAGAUAGUUAAGGAAUUGCGCAAAAUUGAAGAUACAACAUUGUUUGCCAAAGAAACUCCGGGAUGGCUUGCUCUUGAUGUUCCACGUGGCAUGACAGGUUUCUUCUUUGCACCAACGAUUGAUCCAGCUGAUUCGGAAGAACCUAUUUUCCUUCCCGAUCAUCCUGUAACCAUGAUGAAAAACGGUGAUUUCAACCACAUUCCAUACAUUGUUGGAUCAAAUAGUCACGAAUCAUUGUUCGGAAUUCGUGAAUUGAUUGUUGAUCCUUUCCUGUUCUCAAAGUUCAAGAGAAACCCACAUCUUCUGAUUCCCUUUGAAUGGGAAAUUGAACAUACCUCGCCAACAGCGUACAGUAUCAUCCAACAGAUCCAAGAUGUCUACUUCAAAGGCACCGAUGUCGAAGAUAAAAUGGAUUAUGUGAACUACUGUUCGGAUCGUCACUUCCAUUGGGGCGUUUACAAAACGGCUGAACUCAUGCAUGCCAAGAGUGCUGAAAACAUCUACUCCUACAUCUUCACGUAUGAUGGCGCAUUGAACUUGAUCAAACGUGUUUUGUUACUCGGAGAUUACGAAGGAGCUAUGCAUGCUGAUGACAUUCCAUACUUCUUCAAACUUGGAGGAGUUCCUGCUCCAGUGUUGCCUGGCAAUCACGCUUUAACUGUCAGAGAACGUCUUGUCAAGAUGUGGACAAACUUUGCAAAAACUUCAGAUCCAACGCCUGAAGUUAAUAAAGUUAUUACCACAAAAUGGCAGCCAAUGGGAGAGAAUCACGAGUAUUUGGAAAUUGGUGAAGAAUUGGAAGCUAAGGAUCAUCCUUUUGGUGAACGGAUGACUAUGUGGCAAGAGUUGGAUGCAAAGUAUUCAAAACGAUAAAUGUUUGAAAUUUUUUAACGAGAAUUGUGAUAAGUUGUUGAAUCUAGUAUCUAGAUUUAGUAUUAAAUAAAAAAAAAUUGAUAAUUGGACUGAACAAAUUGUUUUAUAGCUUUGAUAAGAAUUAGAUUAAUUAUUUAGAAGCUAUUGACAUAUUUUGUUAACAACU